UCUCUUUCUUUCUCUGAUGAUCAACCGUGACAAGAAGACCGUCAAAUCGUGCGUGUGCGGUUAAAAUAAAUUUCAUUUGCAAAAAUUUCCCGGAGAUAUUUUUUUAUUUUCGCAAAACUACACAUUUCCUUUUACAUUAGAAAUUCUUAAGUUCAGGAUUGUAGCCAAAUUUGCGUAGCUUAUUCUUAGGAAGAUCCUUUAAACAAAAUUCCAAACUGAAAACUCAGCGGAACCUAAGCGAACCUCCCAAAAUAAAGAAAAUGUCAGAAGAUAUUGCAAUGGAAAACAAUAGCACUCCGGUGAAGAAGAUCAAUGCCACAACGACGACAGCGAGUGCCGACGAAAUGACAUCACGGGACUAUUACUUCGAUUCCUAUGCCCAUUUCGGUAUUCACGAGGAGAUGCUCAAGGAUGAGGUGCGGACCAUAACCUAUCGCAAUGCCAUGUACCACAAUAAGCAUUUGUUCCGUGGAAAGGUGGUGCUUGAUGUUGGCUGUGGAACUGGCAUCUUGUCGAUGUUUGCCGCGAAAGCUGGAGCUGCUAAAGUGAUUGCUGUUGAUUGCUCGAAUAUCGUGGAGUAUGCUCGUCAAGUUGUGAUUGACAAUAAUCUUACAGAUGUGGUCAAAGUGGUUAAGGGCAAAAUCGAAGAAAUCGAACUGCCCGAUGGCAUUGAAAAAGUUGACAUCAUUAUCUCCGAGUGGAUGGGUUAUUGUCUGUUUUAUGAGUCCAUGUUGGACACAGUACUGUACGCGCGCGACAAAUGGUUGAAAUUUGACGGUAUGAUGUUUCCCGACCGCGGUACACUUUACAUUACCGCCAUCGAAGACCGUCAGUACAAAGAUGAGAAGAUCAACUGGUGGGACGAUGUCUACGGUUUCGAUAUGAGUUGCAUUCGAAAAGUUGCAGUCACCGAACCACUUGUUGAUGUUGUUGAUCCCAAACAAGUAGUGUCUACAUCUUAUAUGGUUAAGGAAGUCGAUCUAUACACAGUAAAGAAGACAGAUCUUGAGUUCUCUUCGCCCUUUAAUCUAAUUAUCAAACGCAAUGACUUCGUACAGGCAUUAGUUACGUAUUUCAAUAUUGAGUUUACAAAAUGCCACAAGCGCCUGGGAUUCAGUACAUCCCCCGAAGCAACAUACACACACUGGAAACAAACCGUUUUCUACCUCGAUGACUAUUUGACAGUUAAGAAGGGCGAAGAAAUCCAUGGAACAUUCAAAAUGAAGCCCAACGAGAGAAACAACCGUGAUUUAGAUUUUACUAUAGAUGUUAAUUUCAAGGGUGAACUGUCAGAUGUGCAUGAAAACAAUACAUACCGAAUGCGCUAAAAAUGUACCAAUUCAAAACUAAAAAUAAAAUUAAAUAAAUAAAAACAAAUACAAAUUGCAGUUUGCAGCGAAAUUGAAAUAUAUUACCAACCAGCAGCGUCAGCGGUCUUCAAUAAUAAAAACAAAACAAAUUAUUUGCCAAUUUAUGAUUAUAUUGUUUUAAAACAAAACAAACUGAACAUUUAAAAAAUAAACAAAGAACAUCCGCUGGCUACUUCCGUCGUGUCGUUUUCAAGAAAAACACAACAACAACUUAAACAAACGAAAUUCAGCUACAUCUAAAUAACACAUUAUCCAUUUAUAUCAAACAAGACUUUACUUUUUUUAUUUUAGAAAUAUUAGUAUGUGUUCCAAUAUUACUCUGUGCAAACUAUGUAAAAUAAAACUAUAUUGUUUGUUUUCUCCAUUUAUAAAGGACCUAAUUAUCUCAAAAAAUAAACAAAAAAAACAUACAAAAAGAAAGAAAUAAAUCAAGAGAAAAGAUCUAUGAUAGUUUUUAAACUUUGAAAUGUAAUUUUAAUUUUCAUAACAAUGGGAGAUAAUAAGAUAAUUAAAACAUCAGGGUGACAAUGAAUGUUUGCUAAGAAAAUGAUGCUUUGUAUUAGAUAUUUUAUAUUAUAUCAAUGAAUGAGAAACAAAAAAUUACAUUUAAUAAACAAAUAAAGAAUAAACUGUAGUUCGUACGCAACAAUAAUAAUAAGGCUUUUUUGUUGUUUUCUAGAUUUCACUAUGCUUAUAACUUGUUUUCGCUAAGAACACAAUGGUAAAGCUUCAAAAAAUCUUGUCACAGUUUGCUUAAAACGAUUUUUCACGGGUACAGCUCCGAAGAUGUUAUUAACUACUGUCAAAAACUUUUUCAUGCGAUCAACCAUUUCAAAGGUGGAAAGUUGAAAGCCCACAGGGGCCUUAUUCAGCCUUAUCGGCAAUUCCUUUGGAAAUAUUUCUCUCACGGAAUUUUUCUCUUCUCGAGAACACAUUCCUCCUAUUAGGAAUUCCUGGCGGAAUGCUUUUUCCUGGGAAUAAGUUUUAACAAUAUGAAACGAGAAAAAAAAUAUUUGAAAAUAAUGUUCGAACAGUUUGACAUUUCAUUUUCAAGAAAAAGCAAAGAAGUUAGCUUUGAUACAAAAUAAUUAAAUUUGUUAAACAUUUAUAAAAACGCAAAGAAUAUCAGUUUUGUUGUUAUUAGAGGAAGAAGAGUCAAGAAGGCGAAAUGAGCCGAGUGCCUAUACGACGCAAUUUGAGAGACCACUCUAAUCCUUUGGAGCUUCCACAAGCACUGUAUUUUGAAAAACCUAUUUGUUUGAAUCAUCACAUUUGUUAUGAGUAUCCUUUAUCCACAGAUUUCACAAUUAUUAUAGAGUUAGUAAGCCGUUGUUCAAAUAUUUGGUCGAAAAACUGUCUGAUUUUUUGCCUCAUGC